AGACAUUCCUCUCAGAUGAAGAGAUUGUGUGUGUACUUAAUACGGCAUGCAGAGUCUGAGAACAACGCCAGGGGGGAUCACGACGUGUCCGGGAGCGACACUCCGGGCGAUGCGGGCUGUGACGACGGUGUGUCGUCGCCCGCCGCCAAGCGGGCCAAGACGCGGCAGGCGGACCCUGGCCUGACCGAGCAGGGCCACGCCCAGGCGAGAGCGGUCGGGCAGCUCCUGCGCAGGCUGCAGACGGACGAGAAGACGCGGCCCGAGCAGCGGCCGCGGCUGCUGUUCGCCAGCGGCUUCAAGCGCGCGCUGCAGACCUGCCGGCACGUGAGCGAGGCGACAGGA